UGUAUGACAAUAAUGAUAUAAGAAAAUAGUAUAGAAGAGCAGGAAUAAUUAUUCACAAGUGAAAACAGCUACAGUUGGGACGAAUAUAUUUUUGGAGUUUCUUGUUUGGAUCAGCACCAGCUUUUGAGCGAUGGAGAUGCAUAAUGACACCAGUAACACCCUGGUCUUUAACGGAAAUGUCUCGGUGCCCGAAAAGACAGUGUAUGAGAUGUGCAGCCACAUGCCUGAGAUCAUCCUCUUCUACCUGGGAAUGCAGAUUAUUAACAUGUUCAUGGGCAUCCCGACCAACCUCAUAGUCCUGUGGCUGAUCCACCGCAACAGGAGCGACUCGUCCACGUCGGACAUCUUCAUCUGGCACCUGGCUGUGCUGGAUACCUUCUUCUGCCUCAUCCCGCCACUGGAGCUGGCCAACCUGCUGUACCUGACCACCAGCAGCACCUGGUACAUACUGCGCUUCUUCUACGGCAUCAAGGACAUGUCGCCGCUCUUCCUGGCAUGCAUCUGCAUGGACCGCUACAUGGCCGUGUGUCAUCCCAUCGUCUUCUCCAACUUGAAGGACCAGCGCCAUCGUCCCGUGUGUGCCGUUGUCGUGUGGUUCAUCACGCUAGUGUACGCCAUACUGAAGUGCUUGGGCAACAUCCCCAACUUCGACAAAGUGUUCACAGUCAUGAUCCUGGCCACGUUUGCAUUCAUGCUCUUCUGCAACAUCUCCAUCCUGUGGGCGCUGAGCCAAUCGGGUCAAGGAAGGGAUGACAUGCACCCGGUCAAGAAAAGAGCUUUUAAGAUGGUGCUCAUUAUUUUAGCCAUCAUAGUCUUUAACUACUUACCUCCUGUAGCUCUCUUCCCAUUUCAGCCCUAUUUCUCUCCUGAUGUGUUUAAAUGUUAUAUCCAUUACAUCGCUUUUGGCUUCAUGGACAUCAGCAGCAGCAUUCAGCCUGUCCUGUACUUGUCCAAUAAGAAGCUGCAAUGUCCAGCGUGGUGCUGUGAGUGCUGCAGCAAUAAAGACACAGAGACUGGAACAAGGCCUGAGUCAUCCACGGUGUACACUACUAAUGCAUAGAUGGGCCUUAAGGGGAGAAAAAAAAAAUCACAUUUCACAUAUGAUCAAAAGUUUUUCAUAUUUGAAAAACAAAAACUUGUGAAGGUGCAUUGCACAAUAUUACACUUUAAAAUGGAACACGUGAACUCAACAUGUAAACACUAUUUGAUUACGUGAAAAAGAAUGAUUCAUUUGAUAAAUAAUAGAAAAAAUCAUAUAUUGACAUGUAAAUAAAUGAAUCACAGAGGAAUAAAAUCACCAAAACAUUGACUCAUUGAACUAAAGUAAAUGUGUAACAUCAUGUAUAUAAUGUUAUCAUAUGGGCAAAAUUUUUUUAUGUAAGAUAAAAUAUGAAUAAAUAUGUGCAAAAUUAACAUGAAAAUAAACAAAUCACGUAAAUGACUCAAAGUCACAUACAAAAGUGCAUUUAAAUACACGCCUUGGAACCGAACAUCUGAACUCGGGUAAACAUUUGACAUUUGAACAACAUGAUCAUUUGAAAAAGAAUUAUUCAUGUGAAAAUCUAUAUGAGUAAAAUGAACAUGUUUAAACAAAAUUACUUGUGGAAAAUAAAAGAUGUGAAUGAAUCAUGGAAAAUGAACAAAUCAUGUGAAAAGAAAUGGUGCAAAAAAUAAUGCGUAUGUAAAAGAAAAAAAAGUGUGUAAAAAAAAUCAUGUGUGAAAAGAAAUCAAUCACUAUUAUACAUGUAAAGUCCAUGUGGCUUUUCUGUAAAGGGGUCUUUUAUAUAAAAUGUUGGAUUUUAAUGGUUACAAAACCAUGCACGGAGACUUUUCUUUCUCUUUCCUUCUUUGGUGGAAAGCUUUGCUAUUUGAAGUCUCAAAAAUUCAAUUAGGCCAGCAUUUCUGAAUGUACAUAUGUAAUGUUUUUCUCAGCUACUUAGACACUGAAAAAAACAACACAAUUACUCUGAUUAAAAAGAAAACAACUCAUUAGCAAGUAACAUUUUUAGUUUCCAAAAGAACCUUGUGGUUCAUGAUUGUUGUUGUUGCCAUAACAGACUGAAUAAUUAUUUGUACCACAAAGAUUCUUCUUUUGAUGGAAAUAUUUUUGUUCUUUGUGGCACCUACCAAUGUUUGAUAUCCAUCAGUCAAACCAUCCUCUAGCUGAAAAAAAAACCACUCUAAAGGACCUUUCGUAGGUGGGUGACAUAAAAUUAUCCUAUGAUUCUUGAGGGCAAUUCUAUGAUGCACGAUGUGUAUUACGAUACAUAGGUUUUCUUACAAACUACCUGUAAAACAGUAGUGCUUCAUUAAAAAAAGAGCACGGGCUACAAAAAUACAUUUAAAUUAAAAAAUGACAUUUAUAUAUGACAUUAUUUAAAAUAUAUACAAGAGGAAAAAGGAGAAAAACGUUUAAAUCUGAAAACAUUUUAACAUUAUCUCAGCGUCUUCUAAUCAGAAUUAAUUUUUAAAAAUCCCAAUAUCCACAUUUCAGAAAAGCGUAUUGUGGCAUAAUUCACCAAUUACAGUCUAGAAAUACAUAAACAUACAUUACAAACAAUUCUACGUUCACAAAAUAAUGUAAAUGUUUUCUUAUUUUUACUACAAAACUAAAUUGUUUUAGGGUUGAAAAUCAUUAAAUUGUUUGGGCAUUCUUUAACUUUUGAAAUGAUCUGAUUUAUAUUCAAAUAAAGUAGAGACGUUUCAAGGUUAUGGCUUAAAAAGAUAUACAUCUUUUAUUGUAUACCUCUGUGUAUUCAGUAUAUAACAUUUGUUAAAAAGAUUUACAUAUUUACCUGUAAAUUACUCAUUUAUUUACAUGUUAAACCCAGUUAAAAGUUGUCUCUUUGUUCAACAUGCCAACACGACCACAGCACAAAGAUCAAUUUGUUUAUUGUCAAAAUGAUUUCAGUAAAAAUUUGUAUUGACGUUGUUUUAUGACCUUUUUCCUCAGAUGUCAGAAUGA